AACUUCUUGGUGUAGGUUGAAGUGGCCCCUAGACGCUGGUCUUGGGUCAGCUUUGCAUUUCCCCUGCUAAUGGUUAAGGUUGGGAUUGAGGAAGGGGAAGCUUAUCAUGGAUCUGUACCUAGGGGAAAUACCACUCCAAAGUCGGUGUCCAUCGAGCCAUGAAAUCAACAUCAACAGAACAGUAGGAUGUUUCGUCAGCACUUUUCUGUGAACAAUGGCUGGAAAAACAUGGGUGGGCUUAGGUCUCGCUCUUUAACCCACUCCUGUUCACUUCGGAGGAGAACAGCGUAUUGACACUCUUGGCUGCUACUCACUGGUCCUUGAGUUUAAUUUGGCUCCGGGGCUCUCCAGUGUCCUCUCUCCACCAUGAUCUUCCUACUGCUUUUCCCUGUCCUCGUCUUAGGUGAAAUUCAAUUACAAAGCAAUGUCUCAUCCGAUGUAACAUUUGAAGAUAACGAAAGUUUUCAGGAUCAGGAGUCUUUCCCUGUUUUUCGCCACUGCAAUGAGAGCCUCCUAGAACACGUCAGCUACAUUAUGUGCUGGAAUCUGUUUCACUCUGAAAUGAUAGACAUCAACAAGGAACUCUGGUGUGAAUGGGACCAAGUCAUCAGACCAUACAAUGAGCUGACCAAAUGUAUCGAGACCUGGACCACCAACUUAGGAUGUUACUUCCCGAACCAAGUGGUGCAAGACUUCUUCAUCCAGAUCCAUUCCAGCUUCUUCCAGGCAUGUCCGGAGGAGGAGCAGUUAUUUCCUGACGCCCCCUCCGGUGUUGUGCUUACCCUUACCCUCAUUCCAGUCAGUCUCAUCCCCGUCUUGGUUUUCCUAGUGGUCUGGAAGAGCAAGAUCUGCGACUGAGUUGGAAAUGUUGAGUAUGUGCUGUUUGAAUGUGUCUUAGGUCCCUUCCUGAAACAACCCCUAUCAAAAAUGUCCUCUAAGUAUUUUCUUAUAAUGUGUUUAUUUUUUAAAUAUGGUUAUUGUAUGUAUAUUAAGAUGGUUUCUAUUUGUAUAUUUGUAAUGUUGCAAAAUACAUUUACUUAUUUCUUUCACAAAAUAAUUAUUAUAAUUGUAUCUAUUCUGAAACAACCCCAUGUCAAUAUAUUUAUAUUGUAAUAAAGUAUAAGGGCAAUAAGUACCUACAAUUAAUUUACUGUAGAUGGUCUGUAGUCAUAUUUAUAUUUAAGUUUAACAUAUUCUAUUUACAUAUUUACUUUAUACUAUACGUCAUUUAAGCCACUGGGGUUGCUCUUCAAAAGCCCCCCCCCCCCCCCCCCCCCCCACAUUUAGCUGUCAUCGACACUGAAAUAAAACUAAACCAUAAAAACAAAUGGACAGAAAUAAUAUCCACAACAGUCUCUUAGUAUAAAAGUGAAAAGGGGGCCGGAUAUCAACCGCAACUACAGGGACAUCGUGUUUUCUGGACCCUUUUUUGACCCUCCCCUAAUCCCAGUGUCACUAUAGCUCGUGCUAUAUCUAUACAUUGUCUUCCCUUGGUCUCCUGCUGGGAGUUUCUAGGGAAUGAUUCAGAGAAGGUACAUAGCAGCCAUUAACACUGAAUCAAUCUUUCAGAACACUGUUUACCUUAUGCAUGAGAGUGAAUGCGUGGCAGAUACAUUGUAGUAUCACCAGACCUGGGUCAUUCAUAUGAGUCAAAUACUUUCAAAUACUUGAGAUGCACUUGAUUGAGUUUACAAUGGGACCAAUGGAAUAGUCCCAAAAGAACAAACCCCAAGAUUAAUCAAAUGAAAGUAUUUGACCCAGGUCCGGUAAUUACAGUGCCUUGCGAAAGUAUUCGGCCCCCUUGAACUUUGCGACCUU